UCGGCUAGCGGGAGCGCAGGGCGGGGGCGGCGGUGUCGAGAAGAAGUUUGUGGUAGCGCCGAGUACGCGGGCAGCGGACCCCGCUCCGACCGCAGGCGCCGCUACCCCACGGAUCGGCUGGCCGGGCAGUAUGGUCCCCGCGGCGGCGGGUCGGCUACUGGCCCUGCUGGCGGCCGCUUCACUCCUCCGUGUCCGCGCAGCAGGUGAAAUGGAAAUUCCAGAUUCAAAUGACCCCUUAGGUCAUGUGGAUGGACUUCAGAGACCAAUUCCAACACCAAAAGGUUACUUCCUGACUUUUUUGGAACCAGUAAACAAUAUCACUGUAGUCCAGGGGCAAACAGCAAUCCUCCACUGCAAGGUAGCAGGAAACCCAUCUCCAAAUGUCAGAUGGCUAAAAAACGAUGCUCCAGUGGUUCAGGAGCCAAGACGAAUAAUCAUCAGAAAAACAGAUUAUGGUUCGCGUCUGAGAAUCCAGGAUCUGGAUACCACAGAUACAGGAUACUACCAGUGUGUGGCUUCAAAUGGGAUGAAGACAAUAACUGCAACAGGAGUGUUGUUUGUAAGGCUUGGUCCAACAAAUAGCCCAAAUCACAAUCUUCAAGAAGAUUACCAUGAAGAUGGGUUCUGCCAGCCCUACAGGGGAAUUGCAUGUGCACGAAUCAUUGGAAACAGGACCAUUUAUGUGGACUCCCUCCAGAUGCAAGGGGAAAUUGAAAACCGAAUAACUGCUGCAUUCACCAUGAUUGGCACUUCCACACACCUGUCUGAUCAGUGCUCACAGUUUGCUAUACCCUCAUUCUGCCACUUCGUGUUUCCCCUCUGUGAUGAGCGCUCUCGGACCCCUAAGCCACGGGAGCUGUGCCGGGAUGAAUGUGAAGUUCUGGAGAAUGAUCUCUGUAGGCAGGAGUACAACAUCGCUAGGUCAAAUCCCCUCAUCUUGAUGCAGCUACAGUUGCCUAAGUGUGAGGAUCUCCCACGACCUGACACCCUGGAAGCUGCCAACUGCAUAAGGAUCGGGAUCCCUGUGGAGAGGCUCAGUCGAUAUCAUCAGUGCUACAAUGGUUCUGGAGCAGACUACAGAGGGACAGUCAGCGUCACCAAGUCUGGCCACACUUGCCAACUCUGGGACUCCCAGAGUCCCCACAACCAUGAUCUGACCAGCACACAAUUUCCAGAGCUAGGUGGAGGACAUGCAUAUUGUCGAAAUCCUGGAGGUCAGAUGGAUGGGCCCUGGUGUUUUACAAAGAAUAAAAACGUACGCAUGGAACUGUGUGACAUACCUUCUUGUAGUCCACGUGACAACAGUAAAAUGGGAAUCCUCUACAUCUUGGUUCCCAGCAUAGCCAUUCCUCUGGUUAUUGCCUGCCUUUUCUUCCUGGUCUGUAUGUGCAGAAACAAGCAGAAGGCAUCUGCUGCUACACCACAGCGCCGCCAGCUGAUGGCGUCUCCUAGCCAGGACAUGGAAAUGCCACUCAUCAGUCAACACAAACAGGCUAAACUUAAAGAAAUCAACCUGUCCACUGUGCGGUUUAUGGAGGAACUAGGAGAGGAGAGAUUUGGAAAAGUCUACAAGGGUCAUCUUUUUGGUACAGCACCAGGUGAACAGACACAACCUGUUGCUAUCAAGACACUUAAAGACAAAGCAGAACUGGCUCUUCGGGAAGAGUUCAAACAUGAGGCAAUGAUGAGAUCACGAUUACAGCACCCAAAUAUUGUUUGCUUGCUGGGAAUAGUGACAAAGGAACAACCUAUAAGCAUGAUAUUUAGUUACUGUUCCCACAGUGACCUCCAUGAAUUCUUGGUGAUGAGAUCUCCCCAUUCAGAUGUUGGCAGCACUGAUGACGACAAGACAGUAAAAUCCACUCUGGAACCAGCAGACUUUUUCCAUAUUGUGACUCAGAUAGCUGCAGGAAUGGAAUACCUUUCAAGCCACCAUGUUGUCCACAAGGACUUGGCCACUAGAAAUAUACUAGUGUUUGAUAAACUGAAUAUCAAAAUAUCUGAUUUAGGCCUUUUCAGGGAGGUUUACGCUGCUGAUUACUACAAACUGAUGGGAAAUUCUCUUCUUCCUAUUCGGUGGAUGUCACCCGAGGCUAUUAUGUAUGGCAAAUUUUCUAUUGAUUCAGAUAUAUGGUCGUACGGAGUUGUGUUGUGGGAAGUUUUCAGCUAUGGCCUGCAGCCUUACUGUGGUUAUUCUAACCAGGAUGUCAUUGAGAUGAUCAGAAACCGGCAGGUUUUACCAUGUCCUGAUGACUGCCCCACAUGGAUAUACACUUUGAUGUUGGAAUGUUGGAAUGAAUUUCCCAACAGAAGACCAAGAUUUAAAGAUAUACACAACAGAUUAAGAACAUGGGGAAAUCUUUCUAAUUACAACAGUUCAGCACAAACCUCUGGGGCAAGCAACACCACUCAAACAAGUUCUCUCAGCACAAGCCCUGUUAGCAACAUCAGCAAUGCUAGAUACAUUGGACCAAAGCAGAAAACUCCAUCGUUCCCUCAACCACAGUUCAUACAAAUGAAAGGGCAGAUGAGACCAAUGGUCCCACCUCCUCAACUCUACAUUCCAGUCAAUGGUUACCAGCCAAUGCCUGCCUAUGGUGCUUACUUGCCAAAUUUUUAUCCUGUCCAAAUUCCAAUGCAAAUGGCUCCUCAGCAAAUGCCUCCCCAGAUCAUUCCCAAACCAGGCUCUCACCAUAGUGGUAGUGGAUCCACCAGCACAGGCUAUGUAACAACAGCGCCUUCCAAUGCAUCAGUGGCUGACAGAGCUGCUCUGCUCUCAGAGGGCACGGAUGACACACACAAUGGAGCAGAAGACAUCACCCAGAAUGCUGUCCAGGAAGAAGAGGAAGAGGAGGGCUCUGUGCCUGAAACAGAAUUGCUUGGUGAUAAUGACACACUUCAGAUGGACGAAGCAGAAAUUCAGUCAGAAGCUUAAUGAAUUUGGCCUCAUUACUAAGAAUUUGACGUCACUUCCGUGCAUGGAGACUGUAGAUCCUUAGGCUUAAUAGCAGUGGUUUUGAUCUGACUUGAAGAAGGAAAACUGAAAAACCUACGCUCAUGUAAAGUGCAGCAGUAAUGGUAUACUGGUUUUAUUAUCCAUUGCCACCAUCAGAUUUUGCAAAUAUGAUGGUAUAGAAUUUCUGAGUUUAAUCUUUUUUACUGUCCUACAGUUCUUGAGGGAAGCUGCUUUUCAGUUAUGUACUGUUGCUGUGCAACAUAUUGCAGAGUAGCAUUGCACAUCAUGUAUAUCAUGAUACGUGGGUGUAAUGUUAGUGAUUUAUGCUUAAACCAGUAACACAAAAAGGAAUCCAGCUAUGGUUGUAGAAUUUCUCUGAGCAUAAGGAAUGCCCCAGAUGUGAUGGACAGCUGUUUAGUAUAUAAUAUUUAUCUCUUUGAUAUAAUGGACAUGAAAUUUUUGUUUGGGUUUUGUCUGAAAAAAUUACAACUUGAGAGUACUGAUCUGUGCUUGUAUUAAGAUAACCAGAAAGUAGGAAAAUAGGACACAAAACUGACUGUGCUGAAUCAGAACAUGGGCCUCUCCAGCUCAGUAGCAUGUCUCAAAAGGCUAGCAAUAAUGUCUGCCCAGGGAAGACUGUGAGGACAAUUUCCCUUGUAGAAUUUCCCCAGCCUCCAGCAGUCUCUGGCUUAGGGACUUCCAAAGCCAUAAGUGGAAUUCUUUUCUGU